AUGCGCUUCUUCAUCACCUUCCUCUCUGCUCUGCUUGUGCUCUUCGCACCCCUCAACGUUUUCGCCGCCGAGGAGACCGUCUACUCGACCAGCACAUCUACCCAGACCGUCACCAUGACCAUCAUCCACUCUGUCUCCUCGCCCACGGCCACCGCCAUGCCAACCUACGGCUCAAACAGCACCGCGCCCUACCCGUCCUCCAUGAUGACCAAGACCUGGGGAACCGGCACCGGCGGCAUGCCAACUCACACCGGCAACCCUGCUCCUCAGCCUACCAUCAACGGCGCCGCCGGCCUGCCAGUCAGCUUCUCGACCGCCCUCAUGGCCGGGUCCGUCGCUCUCCUUCUCGGAGCUGCGCUAUAG